UCCGUGACACGGAAGUACUUAGUAUUUCUGGCUUGCUUCACAGCGGUCUUAUGAUCGUGUUUUAGCUUAUAAAAGAAGUGUUUUUAAUUUUACAGAAAUACGUUUUAUUAUGUAACUACUUUUUAUUUAAUUUUAUUACAACCGAGUCGACUGUUUCCGACCGAAACCCCUCGCGAAUUGUGUGUGUCUGCGUAUCUACUUCUCUGUCGUUGGAAAACAAUGAAAUGAAGGCCUAGCGUUACUAGUUAAUCGGCAAAAUAGCGAACGUCAGCUAACUACAUCAGAUAAUCUACUAGUCUGUGUGGGAUUUCAGUUGAUGACUGUAUUAAUCAUCGACAUUACACUGUGAAAUCAAAUCAGGUAUGUCGUCCCAGCUCCAGGUGUUCUCGGCUCCCUCCAGCUCCUCCAGCGCAUUUUGCCGCGUCAAGAAGAUGAAGGUGGAGAACUGUGUUUGGGACACGUCCUCUGACUGCCCAUACGGUUCCGUGGGGGGCCAGCAGGGAGUAGGGGGUUACUCCUUCACCCCUGCACUAGGCGUGGCGGUGCCCCCCUUCGUCCCCUCUGCGUUAGUGUUCCCUCCUGCCGCAGGCUCCCGUGGCCAGGUGGUGGUCAGGCCAGCAGACAGCACGGGUAACCUCCCCCGGGGCUCCAGUCGCCGCCUCAACGACCAGUACACACACUCCUCGCACACAAACUCUGAGACGGCCAGCAUGGGGAACGGGAUACGACGACGGGGCCAGAAGAGGAAGAAUGACGACGUCGUCAAAGGGAGCGGGAGCGGCUGUGGGAGUGUUCAGAUCUUGGAGGAGCUCUCUGCCCCUCCUCCUGUCUUCUCCACGCGUACGGGGGGAGGAGGAGGGGGUACGGGCCAGUCCAUCCCCCACUCGGCCCCCACCACCAAGAGCUCCAGCUCCAGCGGAGAGGGGGACUACCAGCUGGUGCAGCAUGAGAUUCUGUGUUCAGUCUCCUGUAGUUAUGAGGUGCUGGAGUUCCUGGGGAGGGGGACCUUCGGUCAGGUGGCCAAGUGUUGGAAGAGGGGAACCAAUGAGAUCGUGGCUAUCAAGAUCCUCAAGAACCACCCUUCGUAUGCACGACAGGGCCAGAUCGAGGUGGGCAUCCUGAACCGUCUGAGUGAGGAGAACGCCGACGAGUUUAACUUUGUGCGUUCCUACGAGUGUUUCCAACACAAAGGUCACACCUGCCUGGUGUUUGAGAUGCUGGAGCAGAACCUGUACGACUUCCUGAAGCACAGCAAGUUCAGCCCCCUGCCACUACAACACAUCAGACCCAUACUGCAACAGGUGGCGACGGCGCUGAUGAAGUUGAAGUCUCUGGGUCUGAUCCAUGCUGACCUGAAGCCAGAGAACAUCAUGCUGGUGGAUCCUCUCAGACAGCCCUACAGGGUCAAGGUCAUCGACUUCGGCUCAGCCUCACACGUCUCCAAGGCUGUCUGCUCAACGUACCUGCAGUCACGAUACUACAGGGCUCCAGAGAUCAUCCUGGGUCUGCCGUUCUGUGAGGCUAUAGAUAUGUGGUCUCUAGGCUGCGUUAUAGCCGAGCUGUUCCUGGGGUGGCCCCUGUACCCCGGGGCCUCGGAGUACGACCAGAUCCGGUACAUCUCUCAGACCCAGGGUCUGCCUGCAGAGUACCUGCUGAGUGCCGGCACCAAGACAAGCCGCUUCUUCAAGAGAGGACCUGACUCCAGCUACCCCGUCUGGAGAAUCAAGGCCCCUUCGGACCACGAGGCUGAGAUGGGUAUCAAGUCGAAGGAGGCCCGUAAAUACAUCUUCAACUGUCUGGACGACAUGAUACAGGUCAACCUAUCGUCUCACCUGGAGGGGACGGACAUGCUUGCGGAGAAAGCUGAUAGGCGGGAAUUCAUCGACCUGCUGAAGCGGAUGCUUCGAUUGGACGCUGACAAGAGGAUCACGCCCACUAAGACGCUGGGUCAUCCCUUCGUCACCAUGAGUCACCUGCUGGACUUCCCUCACAGCUCCCAUGUGAAGUCUUGCUUUCAGAACAUGGAACUCUGUAAACAUAGGAGCUCGUCGUUCGACAACAACAAAACUCUCUUCUCCACCAACACUCUUCCUAGUGCUGCCGCCGGCAACCUCACUGUCACCUUCAGCAGCCAGCUGAGCCAGCACAACCAGGUCCCGUCAGCAGGGGGCGCUGUUCCUCUCAUGAACUACCAGCCAGCCCUGUACCAGCAGGCCACCAUCAACAUCCCUGGGCUGGCCCAACAGAGUGUCCCCCUGCAGGCACGCCCCACCGGCCUGGCCUGCCAGACUGAGCCCUUCCAGCAGACUCUCAUCGUCUGCCCACCAAACACCAUACAGGGUCUCCAGUCAUCCAAUAAGAGCUCUAGUUUCCCAGUGAGGAUGAACAGUUCAGCCCCCAUAGUGAACCAGAACCAAUCAACACAGCCACUGCAGCUGCAGCCUGCCAUGCUCACACAGGGCUCCUGCACACCCCUGAUGGUGGCCACCCUCCACCCCCACCCCCCCACGGUAGCGGGCAUAGUCCCCCAGUACUCUGUUCCCCUGGGGCUGGGCUGUGAUGCCGGCCACCCCACUCUGCUGGAGCACACUGCCACCGUGCUGCAGGCUUGGCCCGCCGGCACCCAGCAGAUCCUCAUCCCGUCGUCAUGGCAGCAGGUUCCUGGCGUGGCCAUCCACGGCUCCUCCCACCAGACGGUUGUCGCGGAGUCUCCCGUAGAGACGCUCCUUUCGGACACAGCCCAGCACACAAACAGCUGGAGGGGGUCUCAGUACAGGGGAGUACUGCAGCAGAGUCAAUCGACCUUUGACCCUAGCCGGGGUCAGGCCACCCAGAGGUCACAGCAGGAGAGGAGCGGAGUGGGGAAGAGGGCCAAGGGUCGCCGCGGCAACAACAGAACCACCAGGGGUGUGUCUGGUGUGCCGCUGCUCACCAAUGCCAUGCUGACUCCGCCCACCUGCAGUGUGGCAGCUCUUUCUCAGCCAAUCAUAAUCUCAGACACGCCCAGCCCGGCGGUCAGCGUCAUCACCAUCCACAGCGACUCAGACGAGGAAGACGAGAGGAAGUUCCACCCGGCCAGCUGUGGUCCGGCUCAGAGGACUAACGUGAUCAGCUGUUUGACGGUCCACGACUCUGACUCCUCCACGGCCAGCCCCCUCACCCCCCGCCUCCUCGCCGGCUCCAGCACUCUCACACACCUCCGGGGAGGGGGAACGUCUAUGGGCAGGUCACUGGCCGUGGUGGCACCAUCUGUCAAGACCCAGCCGACUGAGACGGGGCAACUCCAGAGCUCCUACAUCAAGCCCAAGCGGGCCAAUCGACAGCCCUGUAGUGGUGACAACAGCGACCGCCAUAAGCUAGUCCCCAGCCAAUCACAUCCUCUCAACCUCAGCCAGGUACAGCCUGUAGUCUCAUCCUCGUCUCAGGACCGUUCCCACGGCAACCUGCGUCGCCAGGCAACCUACCCCCCUAGCCCCGCUUCCCACUACACCUUUCAGGAAGCGCCCUCCCUAAGCUCCGCCCCCAGCCUCUACACCUUCCCCGCCUCCGCCGCGCUAGCCUCCGCCUCUCAGGCCAUGGAACAGUUCCUGGUGCGUGGCCACCCCACCCCUUCCACCUAUGCCCCUCCCACUGUCUCUUACGGAGCCUCUGGGUUGGCCAGGAGUGACGCAGGGACCAGGAAGGAGUCUUCGGUGGGGUCAGGGAUGAUCCAUGGGGUGGGGCUUCCUGCAACCUAUCAGCACCAGUUUACUGCUGGGCCCCCAUACAUUAGUGUGAGGCCCCGGGCUGAAGCCUACAGCGCAUACCAGCUCAGCCCUCGACGGUUGGGACAGUACCCUUACUUAUGAUGAGACGUGGGCCGCUUUCAGCCGCAAUGCAACGUUUUGGAACGUUCAGAUAGAAAAAAUCCUAUGUAGAACAAACAUGUCUGUGAAUUGCAGAUCAAAUUAGAGCUGGGAUGAUAAACCAAAAAUGAUCGACACCGACUAUACCGAUCACUUAUCGCAGACAUUUUGUUAAUAUCAUUCAUUACAAUAAGUAGCCUCUACUAGAGAAACGUGAAGUUUGAAAUGAAAUAAGUUUACUAAUAUGGGUGAUUGUUAAUAGAACAAUUGAUGGCUACAAUCGUCAAAGUAGUAGUAGUUUAAAGGCCCAAUGCUUCCGUUUUUAUCGCAAUAUCAAGUCAUUUCUGGGUCAGAAUUAAGUACCUUACUGGGAUUGUUUUCAAUUGAAAUAAUCAAAAAUAAACAGAAAGCUAAAUAGCAAAGAGCAAUUUUUCAAGUAAGAGUUUUGCUAGGACUGUCUGGGAGUGGUCUGCGUGGGGAGGGGAAACUGAAAACUAGCUGUUAUUGGCAGAGAGUUUUGGAACUCUUUCUUAUUGGUCUAUUAACUAAUGAACCACCUGGUGACGUCACCAGACACGCUCAAAACUCCAUCCCACCAAAACAGGCAGGACAUUUCAGACGGUCUUUUCAAACAGUUUUUACAUUUUAAAGGGCAUCAUAUUCUUUUUUUUUUUUAAACAAUUUCACAGUAUUAUUCCAACCACACAGGGGGGAAAAACGUUUUAGACAACACUGGGCCUUUAAAGGACAUUAAAACCAUAUGGUAGUGUAGAUUGUUAUAUAGGCUUCUUUCUAUUUAUCCAAUCAAUUCAGGUCAUUUAUCCCGAUGCGGAUUUUUUUUUUUGUCCUUAUCGCCCAGCUCUAAAUCACGUCGACACUAUUCAUGACAUGUUUUAUCUGCAACGUUGGGACAACGUUUUGCAACUGAACGUGGCUAUGGUAGAGCAGUAUACCUACUGAUGAUGUCAUGAUACUGGGGCUAGAGAUGGGGGGGGGGGGGGGGAUAAUGUGUAGGACUAUGGCCCUCACACACACACACACUGAAGGGGCAAUAAGACCCCCCCCCCCACUUCACCUUGUGGAUGAAUCCGGGAGGGCUAUGGAAAGGGGUGGGGGGGGGGUACCUAUGAAUUUUUGCACUACUGCAUUUUAUUUACUGUUAAGCAGUGGUUCACCUCAAACUGGUUUAACAGCUUUCUGUUAAGCAGUGGUUCACCUCAAACUGGUUUAACAGCUUUCUGUUAAGCAGUGGUUCACCUCAAACUGGUUUAACAGCUUUCUGUUAAGCAGGGGUUCACCUCAAACUGGUUUAACAGCUUUCUGUUAAGCAGGGGUUCACCUCAAACUGGUUUAACAGCUUUCUGUUAAGAAGGGGUUCACCUCAAACUGGUUUAACAGCUUUCUGUUAAGCAGUGGUUCACCUCAAACUGGUUUAACAGCUUUCUGUUAAGCAGUGGUUCACCUCAAACUGGUUUAACAGCUUUCUGUUAAGCAGUGGUUCACCUCAAACUGGUUUAACAGCUUUCUGUUAAGCAGUGGUUCACCUCAAACUGGUUUAACAGCUUUCUGUUAAGAAGGGGUUCACCUCAAACUGGUUUAACAGCUUUCUGUUAAGAAGGGGUUCACCUCAAACUGGUUUAACAGCUUUCUGACCUUUUGUAAUAUUAUUAUUAUUAUGUGAUAUUGUACUGUUAUUUUUCCCAGUAGAAAAAGUAUAAUUGUUUUGUUUUAUCCCUGUUUUAAUUGGAUGUAGAGUGAGGCGUUCUGGUUUUUAAUAUCAUAUAUAUUAUGAAAUUGUGUUUAUUUAAAAGGCUUUGUGUUUUAAAGGGCACUAGUCUCCUCUAGGGGUCCAGUCAGUGAACUGAAACACAGAAUACUGGAGAUACAAAACGUGUUUCUAUACCAUAUGAAAUGUAAGGAUCAGGAGGCAUAUGAAAUGCAAUUCCCAUAUGAAAUGUAAGGAUCAGGAGGCAUAUGAAAUGCAAUUCCCAUAUGAAAUGUAGGAAUAUGACACGAGUCUGUGUUCUACAUGGCAUAAAUGUACAGUAUAUAACAGCUAUGCUGGUCUGUGAGCUACCUGUAGCGUUGCAGCCUCCUGAAUAGGCCCUAGCUGUGUCUCCUUGCAAUAGGAGAGCUCAUUGUCUCACGUCAGAUGGCGUCACUCCUACGCGACGCUCGUCCCUCAAACCCGAGUGCAGACGGCCGUCAGCGCUAUCUGACGUCAGACAAUGUAGGAGAGGCUAGAAAGGCGUAGCUAGAGAGACGGCACACCUAGCUAGGGAGAUGCUACUGCUAGCUAAUUAGCUAGAUAUGCUAGCUAAUCUAAAGAAAACCUACAGGAGACUCUUGUAGCCUAACUCUAGCACAGCUAGCUAGAGAGAUGCUAGUUUUUAGCUAACCCAAGGCUGGUCUAAAGGUGAUCCAAGUAUCUUUAGCAUGGCAGGCUAGCUAGAGAGAUGCUAGCUACUUGCUCAUUUAAACAAAGCACUUAAAGGUGAUUCCGUUUUCGUCCUCAUGCUAGCUAGCAGUAGCCACAUGCUGGCUAGCAUGAGGACGAAAAUGGCUCAGCAGUGUCUCAAUCUCAACAAAAGCCCUUUCCAACCAUAUAGCAGAGCGUAUAAGGUUGGAAUCUUCUAGCUUACCUAAAGGUGAUUUGUGUGUCUUUAGCAUGGCUGGCUAACUAGCUAGAGAUGCUAGCUAUAUGCUAACCUAAAUAACUUCUAACGGUGAUCCUUGUGUCUUUAGCACCCUUAUAUAACCCAAACUAAUCCAAUGACAUCCGUAAUAUGGUCUGAUAAUAGUUGUAUUAUAUUGUUUUACAUAUAGCCUAAACACCUGUGUUUUUAGUUCUACAUGUUCUAAGUUCUAAACCUUCUCUAUUGUGAGUUUAAAUUAUGUUUUGUUGUUAAUGUGAGCCGUCACACAAGACGGUCUUGUUGGUGGCUCGUGCCGCACCGGAUGGAUGGUAAGACGUUUGAAUGGAAGGAGAGGGAGACAGAAAUGUAUGGUUGUUUGACACUGAUGCGAUGGAUCAUUUCAUUUAAAUCAUGAGUAUGUUGUAUGUAGGCUGUUCUGUCACCGCCUGGUAACGAUGUAGUCUAUUCUGUCACCGCCUGGUAACGAUGUAGACUAUUCUGUCACCGCCUGGUAACGAUGUAGUCUAUUCUGUCACCGCCUGGUAACGAUGUAGUCUAUUCUGUCACCGCCUGGUAACGAUGUAGUCUAUUCUGUCACCGCCUGGUAACGAUGUAGUCUAUUCUGUCACCGCCUGGUAACGAUGUAGACAGCCUGGUAAUGAUGUAGACUAUUCUGUCACAGCCUGGUAACGAUGUAGACUAUUCUGUCACCGCCUGGUAACGAUGUAGACUAUUCUGUCACAGCCUGGUAACAAUGUAGACUAUUCUGUCACAGCCUGGUAACGAUGUAGACUAUUCUGUCACAGCCUGGUAACGAUGUAGACUAUUCUGUCACAGCCUGGUAACGAUGUAGACUAUUCUGUCACCGCCUGGUAACGAUGUAGACUAUUCUGUCACCGCCUGGUAACGAUGUAGACUAUCCUGUCACCGCCUGGUAACGAUGUAGACUAUUCUGUCACCGCCUGGUAACGAUGUAGACUAUCCUGUCACCGCCUGGUAACGAUGUAGACUAUUCUGUCACCGCCUGGUAACGAUGUAGACUAUUCUGUCACAGCCUGGUAACGAUGUAGACUAUUCUGUCACCGCCUGGUAACGAUGUAGACUAUUCUGUCACAGCCUGGUAACGAUGUAGACUAUUCUGUCACAGCCUGGUAACGAUGUAGACUAUUCUGUCACAGCCUGGUAACGAUGUAGACUAUUCUGUCACCGCCUGGUAACGAUGUAGACUAUUCUGUCACAGCCUGGUAACGAUGUAGACUAUUCUGUCACAGCCUGGUAAUGAUGUAGACUAUUCUGUCACAGCCUGGUAACGAUGUAGACUAUUCUGUCACCGCCUGGUAACGAUGUAGACUAUUCUGUCACAGCCUGGUAAUGAUGUAGUCUAUUCUGUCACCGCCUGGUAACGAUGUAGACUAUUCUGUCACAGCCUGGUAACGAUGUAGACUAUUCUGUCACAGCCUGGUAACGAUGUAGACAGCCUGGUAAUGAUGUAGUCUAUUCUGUCACAGCCUCUCUGGUCUUUUUUCUUGAUACUGUACUGUCUUGUCUUUGUCAUUAUGUUGCACAAUGCAUUUAGUAAUCAGGUUAUUGGUGAGGAUAAUGUCAACAUCAAAUCAACCCAAUCACUGUUUUCAAAUAAAUUACCCAGAAGUC